GCUUCAAAAGAAGCCCCUCUAGGACUAUAUGAAGUUCCCUGUUCUUGCUAAGAAAUUGUCACUUCUGGGCGGGAAACAAACUUUUGCUAAUUCAUUUAAUUGAAGAAAAGAUUGCCAAAUGUUUCCUCUAUUGUUUUUGGCUUUUGUUGUAGCCAUCAAGGUAUUCAAGAAAACAACUCCAAAUGGAAAAGUCACAGUUUACCUUGGUAGAAGAGAUUUCAUUGAUCAUUUGGAUAGCAUAGAUCCUAUUGAUGGCAUUAUUGUUGUUGAAAAUGAUUAUCUUCAAGGUCGAAAAGUUUAUGGACAAGUAACAACAACUUUUCGCUAUGGACGCGAAGAAGAUGAAGUUAUGGGUGUCAAAUUCAGUAAAGAACUUGUUUUAUGUCGAGAACAAAUAGUUCCAAUGAAAAAGGAAAAACAAGAUAUAACACCUGUUCAAGAACGUCUUUUAAAACGUCUUGGAACAAAUGCAUAUCCAUUCUUAUUUCAUUUUCCACAAAGUUGUCCUAGUUCUGUUACAUUGCAACCUGGUGAUGAUCAAGGAAAACCAUUAGGAGUAGAAUAUACUGUAAAAGUUUAUGUUGGUGAACAUGAAGAAGAUAAAGGACAUAAAAGAUCAUCUGUUGCAUUAGCUAUAAAGAAAUUACAAUAUGCUCCACUUGUAAGAGGACGUAAAUUGCCUACUUCUUUAGUUUCAAAAGGAUUUACUUUCUCUCAAGGUAAAUUGAAUCUGGAAGUUACACUUGAUAAGGAGAUUUACUAUCACGGAGAAAAAGUAGCUGCUAAUGUUAUAGUUACUAAUAAUUCUCGAAAGGCAGUCAAAAAUAUUAAGCUUUUUGUGGUACAACAUUGCGAGGUGACAAUGGUUAAUGCUCAAUUUUCUCGACACGUGGCUAGUUUAGAGACACGUGAAGGUUGUCCGAUCACACCCGGGGCAUCAUUUACAAAGCAAUUUUAUCUUGUUCCUUUGGCCAGCAGCAAUAAAGAUCGUUAUGGAAUUGCUCUUGAUGGUCAUUUAAAGGAUGAUGAUGUGAAUCUUGCAUCUUCAACUUUGGUCGCAGAGGGUAAAGCUCCUAAUGAUGCUAUGGGUAUUGUCAUUUCUUACUCUGUACGAGUAAAAUUGAACUGUGGUACUUUGGGAGGUGAAUUAGUUACAGAUGUUCCAUUUAAAUUAAUGCAUCCAGCUCCUGGAACUGCAGAAAAAGAAAAGGCUACUUUAAAGAAAAAUAAGAGUAUUGAGAGAACACGUUAUGAGAACUCUUGUUAUUCAAAUGAUGAUGAUGAUAACAUCGUAUUCGAAGAUUUUGCUCGUUUACGUUUAAAUGAACCAGAGUAAAAAUAUUUGUAAAAAGACAAAUACUUAUUUUGAAAGAAUCUUGAAUUCACAAUUCUUUGUAUUAAAUUUAAAUCAAAAUUAUAUCAAAUUUAAUAAUAAAUAAUACAAUAUAUUGCAUAAUGUAGAAUUUGUUGAUUCUAGGAUUCUUUUGAUGUGAGUUAUGUCUAAGAACUGAAAAAACUAUAAAAGAUAUACGGAAAAUAAAAAAAUUAUAUCCAUAUACGAUUAUUUUGAUAUAUGGAGCUGAAUAUUAAUAUACUAAUAUAAAAAAACAUAGUAAAAAAAUACAAAAAAAAGCGAAAAGUAUUAUAAAAAAAAAUGUCGUCUUAUAAUUUCUAUCCGGUGGUGGUGGUCGGUUAGAAAUUCAGAUAAAGACAAAAAAAAAAUGAUUUUAAGUAAGCUUAAUAAAUAAUUUAAAUUUGGCUAAGAUAAAAAUCUUCCCGCGUUACCAGAAGUGACAUGUAUGCUAUUAACUUUGAUUUAUAGUGAUUAUAACGUGUCUGUAAAUCUUCAUUUAUUACAAAAUUGAUGACAUUGUUGAAUUAUAUCUGUAUAUUAGAAGAGAAAUAAAAAUUUCAAAAUGCUAA